AACUAAUGAAGCUAAUGAAGCUAAAGAAGCUAAAGAAGCUAAGGGAGCUAAUAGAGGUAAUAAUGCUAAUGGAGCUAAUAAAGCAGGGGUGUCAAACUCCAGUCCUCCAGGGCCGGUGUCCUCCAACUUUUAGAUGUGUCUCUGCUGCACCACCUGAAUAGAAUAAUUAGGUCAUUAGCAAGGCUCUGGAGACCUGAUCUACACAAAGAGGAUGUAAUUAAGUCAUUUCAUUCCAGUGUUUUGUAGCUGUGGCACAUCUAAACACUGCAGGACCUUGAGGACUGGAGUUUGACACCCCUGUAAUAAAGCUAAGCAGCUGACAGAUGAAGCAAAACUAUUGGUUUGUUUGGUGGUCAGAAGGUUGAUUGACAUCUUCCACCUUGACCUCACAGAACCACGAGUUCACUGAUGAGAUGACCUACAGCGAGCUCUGCAUGACCGAGUCGGUGGGCUUCCGGACCAGCCGUAGCACCUCUCUAUCCAGCCAGCAGGGGGCGCAGAACAACUCCACAGGCUGCUGCCCCCGCCGGGCCCGGAGGAGAGCCGCCAUGCGACUGGCCAACUCCACGGUGUCUGUGAGCCGGGGCAGCGUCCAGGAGCUGGACACCCUGCAGUUUAAGACCACCUCCAUACCACCACAAACUCGGUCCAGCCUCAACGCCCAACCGGACGACCUCAAGCUGAACUGUGGCGAUCAGGACUUCACCGCCGCCAUCAUCAGCAUUCCCACUCCACCUGCCAACACGCCGGACGAGAGUCUGCCUCCGUCGCCCGUCCCCGGCAUCCUGCGGAACACCCGGGCCACCGCCUACACCCACGAAACCGUCAAGAUCUCCUCCUUAUAACCUCUGACCCCUGCUCCCCCAGACUCCCACCCUCCCACUCUGAACCUCUGGUUCUGAUCCAUGGUCCGGGAUCAGCCGGAUCUUUGGAGCUGCAGGAAGAUCAGACCAGCAUGAGGCUGAAGCUGCAGAACCUUUAGAUUUUAUUCUCCUGGGAACGUUCAGGAAUCAGAACAUUGAGCCGGUCCGACUCCGUCCAGCCCUCCUGGGCCGGGUCGUCCUGGUCCAGCUGUUUCUUUCUUUGGGUUUGGUUCUGUUUAAAUGGGUCGGAUGGAAAUGAAUCUUGUUGGAGUGACUGAACUCAGGUUUUGGGUCGAGCUGUAAGCUGAGAACCGGGUUCGUUGUGGGAUUGAGUCCAGGAUCCAGAGACGGAAUCUUCAGGAUUAACGAUGCAGGUUUGGAUCGCUUGGUUCUGAAGAACGGAAGCACUAGUGAUGGAACCAGCGGCCCAAACCGGACCCGACCGAUUYUCUCCUCCUGCAACUGAACCUUUGGACUGCUGCAUGCAGGUUCUGAUCCAAACUGCUCUGGUUCUGCUUGUUCAAUGCGGACCAAGAACCUUUUACUCUUUAAAAUAUGCAACGUCUCUCUGAUGAGGAAACCAGAACCAGGAGCUGAACAGAACUCCAGCAGAACCGCAAAGCGGACGGGUUUCAUUUGUCAUGUGACAGAAGAUUUUAGGAGGAAGUGCCUGAAGAUUCCCCAGACGGAGGUUCUGAUGAUCCGGUUGACCUGCGUYUACCUGCCAGACGGUCCAGACAGAACCAGAAUCAGAACCAGCUGAUGCCACCAGAGUCACAUGACCAAGCAGCUGCUUCUGAUCAGUUCUAGUCCUUUGGUAGGUUCUGGUUCUGUUUGGUUUCUGGUCCAAAUGAAGCAGUCAGAGGCUCCAGCUGAAGAGUUCUGGACAGAACCGAGGACCGGGUCCAACUGAUGAUCCAGUGGAACCGCUCAGCUGCUGGAGGUUCUGGUCUAACAUGUCCAACUGGACGUGACCUUUGACCUUCCCAGCUUGAUGACAGGCGCUCACCGUUAGCUCAGCUGUUGGAAGGCGUCCUGGUCCAGAUGGUUCUGUUUCAGUACCUUCAGUUUGUUCUGGAUCCGUGACUUUAUGGUUCGGGUCCAACUGGUAUCAUGGUUCUGGUUCAUCUUGAGACUCUGGUGGUCCGGAGGCAGCGGGUCGGAGUUCCGGGUCGGAGUCCCGGGUCGGAGUUCCGGGUCAGAGUUCCGGGUCGGAGUCCCGGGUCGGAGCGCUGCUUGUUCUCCUGCUGCUGUCUCCAAACUGGCCACCAGGGGUCAGAAUUGAACAACAUGGGAUCUUUAGCUGCUGCAGUUGAACUGCUGUUUGUCCUGGUCGGCCCGGUUCUGAAGUCCAACACCGAACGUUUCUAACAAUCUUACAUAAAUGUAACGACAUAAAGACAAACAAACAUGAUAAAAUGUCUGCUGUUUGSAGGAAAAGAUGCUUCCUGCUCCGCCGUACGGAGCGGGAAGCAGGACAGGAAACAGGAAGUAGCAUGUUGACCCGGCKGGGAGAACCGGAAUGCGCAGCUUCUCCAGCAGAGACUGAAAGCUGUAACAUUUUGUAUCAUAAAUGCUCCAACCAAAACAGAGACAGUUAGACGGAGGAGUCAGGGAGCCGCUGGUCCUCCUGCAUGAGCCUCGUAGACGUAGCUCCGCCCACAAACAGAGGAAGAGGAAGAGGAAGAGCUCUUCUUUUGUCCUUUUGCAUGAUGAUGUUGGUUCUGUUGACUUCCUUCCUUCCUUCCUUCCUUCCUUCCUUCCUUCCUUCCUUCCUUCCUUCCUUCCUUCCUUCCUUCCUUCCUUCCUUCCUUCCUUCCUGUGGAUUUUUCUCCACUGAGGAGUCGAUCCAGCGGAUCAAGAUUAUAUCAGAGUUCCUGAUUUCAGAUUUAUUCAGGCAUGCUCCUCCAGUGUGUGUGUGUGUGUGUGUGUGUGUGUGUGUGUGUGUGUGUGUUGAGCAGUCACUACUAUGCAUGGAUACCGUUGUAGGUAUUUUAGCUGUUUUCUCCUCCGACAGACAGGAAACGCUCCAGAAGGUUUUUCUUCUUCUGCAGCUUCCAGACGAAAUGACGCAUCAAACGGUCAACGGACAACUAGAGCAACUAAAGCAACUAAAGCAACUAAAGCAACUAAAGCAACAAACUGCAGUUCAGUUCUGAGGAUAAAUGAUUUCCCUUCUUGUCCCAGAUGAAAGUUCUUAUUAUAAUUUGUAUUAUUGUUGCUGCAGCAGCUGGAAGGUUUUGGGUUCGAUUCCCGGCCUGCAGGUCACUUGUUCUCCUCCCACAGACCAGAAACACGACGGUCAGGCCGACCUCUGACCUCUGACCUCUGAGGCACCUGGUAUGACAUAUGGAAUAAAGAAACAUGGCUGACUGAAGGCAUCUACAGAAAAAUAAUACAAAAUUCAGAAAUAAAUCAAAUAUCACACAGAAAUGAAGAGGAAAAAAAUGGAAUAUUUAUUACAGGGUAAUAAAUAUAUGAAUUUCUGCCACACGUCUAAAAACUUUACAAACAUUUGUGUUGCAUUUGUUGGAAUUAAUCUAUUGAGGUUUUUCUCUGAAUCUGCAUGGAGAAAAAUCAACUUUUUGAAAAAUAAGCUAAAAAAAUGACG